AUGCCUCGCUUCGACAUCAACCUGGGCUUCAAGCUCGAUCAGUUGACGGUCAAUGCGACCAUCCUCGUCCUGCUCGCUUGCUACAUCGUCUAUGGUCUCGUCGUCAAGCAAGACACUCGACGGCGAGCCCUGCCAGUGCACAAAGAAUGGGUCGUCAUUCUCGGUGCAUCAAAGGGCAUCGGCAAGGCUCUGGCUUUAGCAUACGCUGAGCGAGGAGCGAGAGUGAUGCUCGUUGCGCGAGAUUCAGUCGAACUCGAGGCGACCGCCCAAGCAUGCCGAGCGAUCAAGCCAAGACAUUCUCAGCUCAAGCUGAACCCCUCGAGAGGCAUAGAGACCGUCCAAGCAGACGUAGCGAGCGAAGAGGGCCUGCUCGCUGUCCACCAAAAGGCAAAAGAGCUUUGGGGCUGUGUCGACACGUUGAUCAUCUGCGUCGGCGCGCUCGCUGUCUUGCCUGCGUUUGCACUGACCGGCUCCAUCGAUCCUGCCUCGCCUUUGCACGUCGUUAGAGAUACAGUAUCAGCAGAGGAACUCAAGCAAGCGACAGCCGUCUACGAUAAGAUGGUCAAGCUCAACGCGACGGUGCCGCUCUUGGCCACGCUCACGUUUGCGCCUCUCAUGGCUGCAAAGUCGCAUGCGCCCCGCAUCGCACUGAUCUCGUCCGUCGCCGCAUGCAUCCCAGCGCCGACGCGUGCGAUCUACGCGUCGAGCAAGAGCGCCGGAACAAUGCUCAUGGAAGCUCUUCGUAUCGAAAUGCAAGGCUGGCCGACAGCCAAAAGCAGGAACGGCAGAAACGGGCAUCCUUUCGGCGUGACAGUCAUCUCUCCAGCCACAGUAGAGACCGGUCUCCGCGAGCAAGCCGCAGAUAUGCAUCUCGCUCCUGAUGGUCACAAGCCGAGCGGAUCUAGCAAAGGCCUCUCGCCUGAUCACGUCGCACGUGCCACUAUCUCGGCCAUCGAUCACGAGCAGCGCCACAGCUUCGUGCCCUCCUUCUACUGGUACGCCAGACUGCUACAUGUGAUCAUCCCGAAUGUCAUCGAGCGCGGGGCAAGACGCAAAUACGGCUUCAUGUGAAUGAGAUUGCACGUCACUGUGCGUCAGACUGGUGUUGAUGACUCGAAAUCCUGCGUCGAGUGCUUUUGCGCUGGUG